GCCGGCUUCUCGGUCCACUUGGCAAUUUAACAACAAAAACAUCACUUGAAAAGCUUAUCAAUCUUAUCACAGUUAAUUUCUAGUUAAAUAGUGAACAUUUACAAUUAAAAUUAAUCAAGUUUUACGUGAAAAUGGCUUGCGGUGAAGGUAAAAAAGUGGCUUUGCUUACUGGGAUCAAUGGACAAGAUGGAUCUUAUUUGGCAGAAUUUUUGUUGGACAAAGGCUACGAGGUGCACGGAAUCAUAAGGAGGGCCAGUAGUUUCAACACGACUAGGAUAGAUCAUCUGCAUGCUGAUCCUUAUGCUCACAAAGGUGGCAAACUGUUUUUGCACUACGGCGACAUGAUAGACUCUAGUUGCCUAGUGAAAAUCAUCAGCAAAGUAAAACCGACGGAAAUCUACAACUUGGCCGCUCAAAGCCACGUAAAAGUAUCGUUCGAUUUAAGCGAGUACACUGCUGAAGUCGACGCUGUUGGUACUUUGAGACUGCUGGACGCCAUCAGAACUUGCGGUCUGGACCAAACUUGCAAAUUCUAUCAAGCAUCCACCAGCGAGUUGUACGGUGACGUCAAAGCGAUUCCGCAAAACGAAGAGACCCCGUUCAAUCCUAGAUCGCCUUAUGCUUGUGCCAAGCUGUAUGCUUAUUGGAUUGUGAUCAACUAUCGGGAUGCUUACAAUAUGUUUGCUUGUAAUGGUAUUUUGUUCAACCAUGAGAGUCCUAGGAGAGGUGAAACUUUCGUUACGAGAAAAGUGACGAGGGAAGUUGCCAAAAUCCAUUUGGGACUGAGCGAGUGCUUAGUUUUGGGUAAUUUGACUGCUAAGAGGGAUUGGGGACAUGCCAAAGAUUACGUUGAGGCAAUGUGGUUGAUGCUUCAACAAGAUAAGCCUGACGAUUUCGUCAUUGGUACUGGAGAAACUCACAGUGUUAAGGAAUUUGUAGAGGAAGCUUUCAAGCAUGUCGGCAAGGAAAUUGUUUGGGAAGGCGAAGGAGUCCAUGAAGUUGGCAAGGAAAAGGAUAGCGGGGAAAUUAGAGUUAGAGUUGACUCCAAGUAUUACAGGCCCACAGAUGUGAAUUUGCUCUUGAGUGAUCCAACUAAAGCCAAAGAAAAGUUUGGGUGGGCACCGAAAGUGACGUUUUUGGAACUUGUGCAUGAAAUGAUGGAAGCCGACAUUGCAUUGAUGAAAAGAAACCCGAUGGCUUAAACAUCUGUGAUAAAAAUAAUAAUUCCUUUAUUAGCAAUGUAUUCUAUGUAUUAUAUUAUAAGCUUUAUAGUAUUUUGUUAUCGGGAGUGGUUUAAUGUGUGUGUGUAUAUUGUAAAUAUAAUAAAUAUUUGACUGGUGUUCUAUUUUUAUUUAUA